AUGAUUCUCACGAACCUCGUCUAUCACCAAUCCCUCUGUGCACUGCACUCCUCCACCGUUCCGCUCUUUUGCUGGUCAAAAGGCGACAAGACUUACUCAUCAGCCAGGCAAUUGUCUGCUCAGGUUGCCUUCGAUCACGCUGUUGAGAUCUCUAGCCUCAUCUCUGGAAUAUUAACUACCGGUCAUACGCUCAGUUCGAUGCCGAUAUUUGUCGCCUAUGCAGCUUACUCAAGCUGUGCCAUUCAGAUCCCUUUUCUUUGGUGUUCUGAGCCUUCUGUUAGAGAGCGAGCUCAAUGCAACAUCGACGUCAAUGUCAGAACGAUCCAGGGCAUGUCAUGUUACUGGAAGUUAGCUUCAUUAUUACAACUUUACGUGCGCUGCCUUCAUGAUGUUCACAAACGCAAUCCGCCUGUGAUCGUCGGCGAGCCAAAGUAUAUGGAUAUUUCGGCACUUGUCGACUUUGACGUCGACGCGUCACUUGCCAAAUCCUCUAUCUUGCAGUUUGGUGGCAUGUUGCGGUCUGGUGAGAAUGGAUAUGUCAGAGCUGGAGAUGAGACUUCAGACCCAACUAUCACCACUGCUGCUAGCGGUGGGGACGUGUUGGCUGGUCUUCAAGCUUUAGACCAUGCACCGAAUACGAAUAAUCCGAACACGAUAAUCCCGCAAACUCCGAGACAGCUUAACACGGGGUCCAGUGAAUGGCCGGCUCUGGACAUCUUCAACUCACUCAUCGAUGCUGACAUGGCUGGUCUUUUUCCAGUUGACGAUAACUUUGAUCUAUCGUUCUUAGAUGUAGAUCAGACCUCAUGGGACUUCAGCUUGGAUCUGCAAAUACCCUAG